CAUCGGCUCCACGCGAGGCGCCAGGAGAAGCUUGUAUAUCUGACCGGUUCGCCGAGCCUUGCGAAAUUGACCUACCGCAUGGGAACCACCGCAGUGACUGGAUUUCGGCUGUAUAUGUAGAGUGAAGUUGCCCAGUCUCCAGUGAUAUUACAACUCGCUAUCUUUAUCCUCUUUCACAUGUGCAGCAUACUCAUUCGAUAUGCCAGAUCAAGCACUUGUGCCCCCCAACCUAUUCAGGCCCUUAGGCGAAGAUCAAAUCCGGAUACUUAUUCUCAACCCAUCCAAAGACCGGGAGGCUCGAUUAGCCGGACAGCUUGACGUCCAGACUGUUUCGCGAGGAACCGACGGCGGCCAAGCGCCUGGUCGGACGAAAUAUACGGCACUUUCCUACUUCUGGGGAAGCAAUACAGAAAAAGGGUCAAUAGCGCUGGAUACGGGAGAUCUGGCGAUUCCAUUGAGCCUGCAGAAGUUUUUGCUGAGCCUACGGCAUAACACGAAAAGAAUACGGUUCUGGGCAGAUGCACCUUGUAUCAAUCAAUUCGAUAAGGAAGAGUUGAGUUUUCAGGUGGGACUUAUGGGCCAGAUAUACUCACAAGCUGCAAAAAUCAUUCUCUGGUUGCCUGAAGGUGAUGAAGCAUCUUGGAGGACAUCAGGCGAUUCGCUGGCGCUAAACUUGAGGGGCCAUGGUGACCGGUUCAACAAGGCUGAGCUUUCUUGGGUCUCUGACUGGACAAUAGCACGAGCAGCAACACUUUUGCCUUACCGUUCCUGGAUAGUCCAAGAAUUCUUGGGGACGCCAAAAACGCUCGUAUUUACCAAAAGGGGAGUACACAUGCUUGCACACAGAUAUCCAGACGGCUUCCAAGCCCUUGCAGACAGUAUACGUGAUGAUCUCAUGUGUCGCAUAUACAUGCUCAUCAACCUAAUAGAUACUCAGGACAGAUUUACCGACGAUCUGCGGCAAGCGUAUCUCAGAAUACUCUCUGCUCACUACUGGAAUGGCCGUACAAAACCAGAAUCAGGCAUUCCUUCGAAUACCAGCGUCUCGUUCAUUCAACUUUCUGAUUCAACCUACAGCGGGGUUACGUUAACGCCUCUCGCCAUCGCCGCCAGAUUCGGCCAGUUGGAAGCAGAAGAGCUUUUGCAAACGUUCAUACAUGAUACUCACAAAUCCGACGAAAACAACAAUAAUUCCAACUUAACUAUGGUCCAUAAUCUGGCAGCAUCACUCCGCACGAACAAGGCAGAAAAGAAGGAAUAUAGUGCCGAACGAGUAGGGUCGCCAAGCAAUUUUGAGCAAUUGGAAACAACAGAUGUUGCAAUACGAGGCUACGUGAUGUUCUGGACAUGUAACUGCGGUCACAAGGGCCUCGAUCACUACAUAGAACAUCGUUCUGGGUCAGUACAAGAGCUCUUGAAGAGUCUUCAAGAUGUCGGUAUCGAUGGGUUCAUCGAACCGUGGGAUCCUCUCCAACCCGAACGCUUUGAUAUUGGUCUCGCAUUCAGGCGCUUCUCCAUGACCGUCCAGAAUAUAUGGAGAUGGCUCGCUACAUCUAUGCAUACCUAUCGCCAAUCACUUACUAUGGGAUGGCUGUCCAACAUGCCUGUAAUCAUAGAUCAGCCAUCUUCAAAAGUUGCGAAAGGCAAGAUGCCCUGUAUUGGAAGCGUAACGACUUCUCCAACAGCAAGUUUGCAAUACACUGCAAAUGAUACUCCCCCGACUACCAGAGGCGCAGCAGACACAGACCUUAUGAGUGAGGCUGAACAUUCGAGUCAGAGUAGUUCAUCAUCCACGACAGACAUCUCAACAAACCAAAUCGCCAUCAACAUACCCGAGGAUUUUAUACUCCUGUGUAUGAGAGCGAAAAGAUUUUUGACUAAUCGUCAUGACCUUGGAUUAUUCGGUAUCACAUGCGAUCGCAAGCUGUUCGAAGCCUUUCGCAAGGAGUACAACGGAAAAGUUCGAUGGGCAUUCCGGCAUUUCAGCAUUCGUACAGCCCAGCGUAUGAGCUUCGUGAAGUUCGCUCUACACGACCGCUCAGAGGUUGAUGGGAUUAUGACUGGUAUGCCACCAGAUACCUUCAAGCACUAUACGUGCGACCCACGUAAGCCCGAGCGAAUACCCGCUUUGGGUAGCGACUUCCUCAUGCAUCGCUUUAUCUCACCAAUGGAAUGCUUCGAUGAUGACAUCUGUCUCAAGCAAAUGCCAAAACGUGUUGGGGAGCCUCCGAAACCAGGCAUCGACCCAGACUUGUACACCGGUUGGGGAAUGCACAUAGAGGAAGGGUUGGACUUCGAGCGUAUUUGCUUGUUGCUGUUCUUUGGCAUUGUAUCCGGUGGAACAUUUGGAAUCGUAUGGGCAAUCUGUAAGAAAAGUUUGCAGGACGGUUUUGCGGUAGCAGGCUUCAUUGUCGGUAUUGGAGCUGUGGCGAUCGCCACUUUGCAGCUUCUGCUGGCGUUUGAAACCAUAUAACGCGACUUCGCAGUCACACGGAAUUGCUGCUGAGGUCUCCUCUGGGAAAGCUUGAUGGCGACCUUUCGAGACUUCGUGAACAUAGUAAGCGAGCAAAAUACAGACUCUGCAAUCUCAGAGGUUGCUAUCACCUCUA